AAUUUAUAUAUAAAUUUUAAUAAUAUAUAUAAAUUUUAAUAAUAUAUUCAGUAAUAAUAAUAAUAAUAAUAAUAAUAAUAAUAAAAAUAUAUAACUUAAUAAUAAAUAAUUCAGUAAUAAUAAAAAUAACUAGUUUGUAAUUUUAAUUUUAUUACAAAAAUAAUUAAAGACACUAGUAAUAGUAAUAGUAGUAGUAGUAGUAAUAAUUGUGUAGAAUUAUAUAAUACAAAAAAAAAAAAAGAAAAAAAAAACUAUUAUUAUUAUUACUCCAUCAUCAUUAAUUAUUAUUAUUAUUAUUAUUAGUAUAUAGUAUAACACAAUAUAACUAAACUAUAUAGUACUAAUAUAGUUUAUAGUUUAUAUAAUAAAUAAUAAUAACAACUGCAAAAAUAACAACAACAACAACAACAACAACAUAAUAAACAUCAAUUAAACCCCCUUUUUUAAAAGAAAAGAAAAAAAUUCUAUAGGGCAAUUACAAAAGAAUCAAUCAUUCUCAUCGGCGACGUCAAGCUCACCAUUUUUAAGUAUAAAUAUGAUGAACAGUAGUAGCACUAAUAGUUUUAGACCAUAUAAUGGAAAUGUAGAAAUUCCCCUACAAGACCUACAGAAUGGAGCAAAUAGUAAUAGUAAUUUAAAUGGCGCAUAUAUGAAUAGUAUGGAUAAUGAUGAUGAUUACGAAGGUGGAUUCGUUCAAAAAGUUCAAAAUUUUAUAUUAAGAAUUAGAGAUGAUUUUAUAGGAAAUUGUAGAACUAUUCAUAUCAAUAAUCACGAAUAUAAUUUAUUAUAUAAAUAUACAAACAACUAUGUAAAAACAUCAAAAUAUUCACUUGUAACAUUUGUACCAUUAAAUUUAUUUGAGCAAUUUUGUCGUUUAGCAAAUUUUUACUUUUUAAUUGUAUCUUGUCUCCAACUAAUUCCUGGUGUAUCUCCUACAGGUAGAUUUACAACAUUAGGUCCUUUAUGUAUAGUUUUAACUGUAACUGCGUUAAAAGAAGCUUAUGAAGAUUAUAAAAGACAUAAGGAAGAUGAUCGUGUUAAUUAUAGUACAACAGAAGUUUUAAGAAAUUCAAGUUUUGUACAUGUUUUAUGGAAGGAUAUUCAAGUCGGUGAUAUUAUUAAAGUUUAUGAUAAACAAUUUAUGCCAGCUGAUAUUUUAUUAUUAUCAACUAGUGAACCAGAUUCAACAUGUUUUGUAGAAACCGCCAAUUUAGAUGGUGAAACCAACUUGAAAAUGAAGCAAAGUUUAGAGGAGACCCAAUUUUUAGCAGAUGAUCUCAAUCAAUUAUCAAGUUUUAAUGGUUUGAUUGAAUGUGAACACCCAAAUAAGAGAUUAUAUUCAUUUUCAGGCUCAUUGUUGAUGGAACAAAAGGUUUUACCAAUUUCAAUCAAACAAGUUUUACUUAGAGGCACAAUGUUAAGAAAUACAAAAUGGAUCAAUGGUUUAGUUCUAUAUAGUGGCCGUGAUACAAAACUAAUGAGAAACUCAAAUACAACCCCAUUAAAGAGAUCUCAAAUUGAAAAGUCUACAAAUCAUUACAUCAUUUUCAUAUUUUUCCUUCAAAUGUUAUUAUGCACUGCAUGUGCCAUCGCCAAUGGUUCUUGGACUGCAAGCAAUAGAAAGGCCUUCUACUUGUCAUUCACUCGUUCAAACGCAGUAGAAGGUGGUAUGUCUUUCUUAACAUUCUUAAUUCUAUUCAAUAAUGUAAUUCCCAUUUCACUCUACGUCACAAUGGAAAUCGUCAAAUUAAUCCAAGCAUAUUUAAUCAAUAACGAUGCUGAAAUGUAUCAUAAAGAAACCGAUACACCUGCAUUAGCUAGAACCAGUAACCUCAACGAAGAGUUAGGACAAAUUGAAUAUCUAUUCACAGAUAAAACCGGUACAUUAACUCAAAACAAGAUGAUAUUCAAAAAAUGUUCAAUUGGUGGUAUCGUUUAUGGUAAUGAAACUAAUAAUAACAGAUCAUCAAGUAACCAAUCAACUCCAGCAACCCCAAAUGUUUUAAACAACCUUGAUGAUAUCAAUAACAACAAUACCAAUAGUAGUAUAAGCAGCAAACUACAUAAAUCAAACAACAGCGUAAAUUUACAACCAGUAGAUUUUCAUGAUGAUAAACUUUUAUCUGAUUUAAAUUCAAAAACUGAUCAAUCACACAAUAUUCAAGAAUUUUUAAAUAUUAUGGCAGUAUGCCAUACAGUCGUUCCAGAACAAGAAGAUGGUAAAAUUAAUUAUCAAGCCUCAUCACCAGAUGAAAACGCAUUGGUUAAUGCUGCCAAAUUCUUUGGUUUUGAGUUCACCCAUAGAAAUCAAAAAAAUGUUUUCCUUAAACUAAAUGGUUUGGAAGAUAUUAGAUUCGAAGUACUUCAAGUUUUAGAAUUUAAUUCAGAAAGAAAAAGAAUGUCGGUUAUUGUCAGAUCACCAAAUGGUAAACUUUUGCUAUAUUGCAAAGGUGCUGAUUCUGUUAUCUUUGAAAGAUUAGCUCCAAACCAACCAUAUGCUGAUGUUACAAUCAAUCAUCUUCAAGACUUUGCAUCAGAAGGUUUAAGAACACUAUGUAUUGCCUAUUGUGAAUUGGAUCAACAAGUCUACCAAGAGUGGUUAAAAGAAUAUCAAAUCGCAUCAACUGCAAUUAUUAAUCGUGAAGCUGAAAUCGACAGAGUUGCUGAAAUCAUCGAAACCAAUCUUUUCCUUUUAGGUGCAACAGCAAUCGAGGAUAAACUUCAAAAAGGUGUACCAGAAGCCAUCAAUAUUCUUAGAGAGGCUGGUAUUAAACUUUGGGUACUUACUGGUGAUAAACAAGAAACCGCCAUUAACAUUGGUUAUAGUUGCCAAUUACUCACACCAGAAAUGGAACUUGUUAUCAUUAAUGAACAAAGUAAAGAAAAUACAAUUGUAGAAUUAAAUAGACGUUUAAAUGAUCUCUCAACUAGAUCAAACUCUACUGAAAAUAAAGAACAAAUGGCAUUAAUUGUUGAUGGUAAUACACUUAAUCACGCAUUAGAAGGUCAUAUUAAAUAUUCACUCUUAAAAUUAGCUAAAAAUUGCUCCGCUGUAGUUUGUUGUCGUGUAUCACCAUCACAAAAAGCUCAAUUGGUACGUUUAGUCAAAGAUAAUUUAGCAUCAGUAACAUUGGCCGUAGGUGACGGUGCCAAUGAUGUAUCAAUGAUUCAAGCUGCUCACGUUGGUAUUGGUAUUAGUGGCGAAGAAGGUCUUCAAGCAUGUCGUUCAUCAGAUUAUUCAAUUGGUCAAUUUAGAUUUUUAGUACGUCUUUUAUUAGUUCAUGGUCGUUAUUCAUACCGUAGAAUUUCUAAAUUGGUCUGUUAUUGUUUCUAUAAAAAUAUUGCAUUGUAUAUCACACAAUUUUGGUUCACUAUUUUCAAUGGAUGGUCUGGUCAAACACUCUAUGAACGUUAUACAUUAACCGCAUACAAUGUUGUUUGGACUUUCUUCCCUAUAAUUAUAAUGGGUAUAAUGGAAAAGGAUGUAAGCGAAAGCAUUCUUAUUGAACACCCAAAACUCUAUCAAUUAGGCCCAAAGAAAAUUCUCUUUAGUUUCCCUGUAUUCUGGGGUUGGGUAUUAAAUGGUAUAUAUCACAGCUUCGUCUUUUUUGCGAUUCCUGCAGCUGCCUCAUAUAAAAGCAAUGCAUAUAGCGGUGGUGAAAAUUCAGAACUCUUUGCAUUCGGUCUCAUUUGUUUUGCUGCCAUUAUUAUAACUGUCAAUUUGAAAUUAGCUUUGGAAGUACGUUAUUGGACAUGGGUUAAUCAUCUUGCAACCUGGGGUAGUAUGGUUGUAUUCUUUUGUUGGAUCCUCAUCUAUGGAAGAGUUAACGCCAAAGGUAUUGACUCUGAUUUAUUCGAUGUCAUUUAUCGUAUAGGCGAAAGUGCUCACUUUUACUUUUUACUCCUCCUUGUUCCAAUAAUAGCCCUUUGGAGAGAUUUUGGUUGGAAAUUUGUAAAUAGAUAUUAUAAACCAAUGCCUCAUCAUAUUGCUCAAGAACUCUUAAAAUCAAAUGAUAGUAAAUAUGUUUCAAAGAGAACUUUUUCAAGUUAUGCUUUUGAUACUCAGGAACUUGGUCAAUCAGAUUAAAAAAAUAAUAUAUAAAUAAUAUAAAUAAUAUAAUAAUAAUAAUAAUAAUAAUAAUAAUAAUAAUAAUAAUAAUAAUAGUAACAAUAAUAACACAACAUAAUAAACAAUAACAAGGUUUAAUUUUAUCAAUGUACAUUUACAUUGAUAAGGCAAAUCUGAAUAUAACUCAAUUUUAUAAAUGAUACUAAAAUUUAUAACACUACAUACAUAAUAUAAAUAUUUUUAAAAAUAAAAUUAAUUUUAAAAAUUCUUUUUUUCUAAAAAUGU